AUGGGGCAUUGCUCAUCUAUCACUUCUAGUACUAGACGCACAGGAUUUGGGUUCCUUCAUGACAAGGUGAAGCCACAAGUUGUGCAUCGGGAUAUCCGUGCAAGUAACGUACUACUUGAUGAAGAGUUUGGUGCACAUUUAAUUGGGGUUGGUCUGUCAAAGUUUGUUCCUUGGGAAGUCAUGCACGAGAGAACAGUGAUGGCUGGCGGCACUCAUGGAUACCUUGCUCCGGAGUUCGUGUACAGAAAUGAGCUAACAACAAAGAGUGAUGUUUACAGCUUUGGGGUUCUAUUGCUUGAAAUUGUUAGUGGGCGUAGACCAGCACAAGCUGUUGACUCAGUGGGUUGGCAAAGUAUAUUCGAAUGGGCCACUCCCCUAGUGCAGUCUCACCGUUAUUUGGAGCUCUUGGAUCCACUCAUAUCUUCUUCCUCCUCCCAAAUUCCGGAAGCUGGAGUCAUUCAAAAGGUAGUGGACCUAGUGUACUCUUGCACACAGCAUGUCCCAUCUAUGCGUCCACGAAUGUCACAUGUUGUUCAUCAGCUUCAACAGUUGGCCCAACCUCCCAUUGUAAAGUAA